AUGGUUGAGCCUUCGGUUGCGUCUGAGGAUUUAGGUUCUGGAAUCUGGACGGACUUCUCUUUCAAAGCUUCAGACACUACCAUGGACGACCCCACGCAUACCACACAUGAAUUUCCCCCAUUCUACUUCCUCGGUUUCCAGGAAUAUCAUACGGAAAAUAUAGAUGGUUACAAGCCAGGUGGAUAUCACCCGGUACACUUAGGAGACACAUUUCCUUCGCGGGAUAACCCAAGAUACCGAGUUCUCCAUAAGCUCGGAUUGGGAUCAAUGUCAACGGUCUGGCUCGCCAAAGAUGCUGUAGAAAACCGCUGGGUGACGCUGAAAAUAGUCAUUGCCGAUCUUUCAAGCAACAACGGAGAAUCUGCUAUCUUACAAUGGCUGAGCAGUAGACCUCGUGAUCAUCCUGGUGCCAAACAUAUUGUUCAAGACCCUGUAUCUGAAAGGAAUCGUAUACUCGCUUAUCCCCCAAGACGACUUUCAUCAACAGCGGUCGAGUGUAUGCCAUCAGGUUAUGCUGGGACUAGCAUACCUUCACCAGGAAGCAGUAGUGCAUGGCGUCCAGAUAUACACUUUGGGAACAUCGGCUUCAAGAUACCCAGAAUCAACCGAUACACAGAGGUUGAAAUGUAUCGACUCAUACGGGAGCCAAAUUUGAUUCCUGUGAUACCACACUAUCACUCAGUACCAAGUGAUUCUCUUCCAAAGUACCUUGUGGCGGUACCGGAGACCACGCACUUUAUGCCUGAAGUGUUCGCGGAGAUCCUAAAAGACAAGCUGACGGUGGAGAUUAUAGAUUUUAGUAAUGCAUUUCGAUUACAGGAUGGGAGGCCUCUCAAGCGUCCAGACCUGCCACGUACCAUCCGUCCCCCUGAGCUGACGUUCUACAAGCUAUCCGACGGUCAAGUCAAAGAUGAGUGGGACUUGCCCAGCGACGUUUGGUCGAUGGCCUGCACGAUAUGGGAGAUAGUAUUUUCAGAUGUGAUGCUCGCAAAAGGCAGUGACGACGAUAACAGGCUUAUCUAUGAGACGAUGAAACUCGUUGGCCCAUUGCCAAAGCGGUGGAAACCGUACUGGAAUUCGAAGUGUUUCGAAGACUCUGACGGCAAGUUUACGAUCGAUCCUGAUGCAACAUGGAAGGAAAGAUGUCCUCCUAAGAAUGAUGGCAAUGCGACUGACAGUGUACAAUUUGCUUCAACAUCCUUGUCAUCAAUGGUCGUUGAGACAUUACCGCUCGGCUCAUCGAUACAAAAGCAGCAACGAUAUGUUCCCUUGUCUAAUUUUGUCGCUACGUCCAUACAGUGGAAACGUCAGUGUUGUGCAAGUCUGCAUGUCAAAAACACCCAGUUUUAA